GAGGAAGACCAUCGGUUUGAGCUUCCGCUCUCUCUGGAGGAGUCAGUAUCCCGUCAUGCACCGCUGUUUGAGCGGCACGGCACAUCAACGUGUUCUGAAUCGGGACAUGCAGCACCUUCAUUGAUUAAAAACAUCAACUCUGUGUCGAUUUUAAGUUUAUGAGUUGAUUUUUAUUUCAUCUUUGCUUGAAAAGCGGGAGCGCGUCUGUUUGAGCGAGAUGUCUUUGGUUUGUGCUAUUUCAAACGAGGUGCCGGAGCACCCCUGUGUCUCUCCUGUCUCCAAUCAAGUGUUUGAGAGACGUCUGAUAGAGAAAUACAUAGCGGAGAAUGGAGCAGACCCCAUCAGUGGACAGCCACUGUCUGAGGAGCAGCUCAUUGAUAUCAAAGUGUCUCACCCCAUUCGACCGAAGGCUCCCUCUGCCACUAGUAUUCCCGCGAUCCUCAAAUCUCUGCAGGAUGAGUGGGAUGCCGUAAUGCUGCACAGUUUUACUCUGAGGCAACAGUUGCAGACCACUCGACAGGAGCUGUCUCACGCUCUCUACCAGCACGAUGCGGCCUGCAGAGUCAUCGCUCGACUCACGAAAGAGGUCACUGCCGCCAGAGAGGCUUUGGCUACACUCAAACCUCAAGCCGGACUGAUCGCUCCACAGGCCACUCCUGCUUCUCAGCCUGCAGCUGUGGGUGCUGGCGGUGAGGCCAUGGAGAUCAGUGAGCAGAUUGGAAUGACUCCAGAGAUCAUACAGAAGCUCCAAGACAAGGCCACCGUCUUAACCACAGAGAGAAAGAAGAGAGGAAAGACUGUGCCGGAGGAGCUGGUCAGAGCAGAAGAUCUCGGCAAGUACCGCCAAGUGGCGUCGCAUGCUGGUCUUCACAGUGCCAGUAUACCUGGAAUCCUCUCUCUGGAUCUCUGCCCAACAGACACCAACAAAGUCCUCACCGGUGGAGCGGAUAAGAACGUGGUGGUGUUCGACCGUCGGGAGGAGCAGAUUGUUGCCACCCUCAAAGGGCACACCAAAAAGGUCUCGUCUGUCAUCUACCACCCUGCUCAGUCGGUGGUGUUCUCAGCGUCUCCAGACAGCACUAUCCGUGUGUGGUCGGUUAGCGGGGGCAACUGCGUGCAGGUGAUCAGGGCCCACGAGGCCAGUGUUACCGGCCUCUCUCUGCACGCUACCGGAGACUACUUACUGAGCUCCUCUGAGGACCAGUACUGGGCCUUCUCGGAUAUCCAAACUGGACGCGUCCUGACUAAAGUGACCGAUGAGACCGCUGGAUGUGGUUAGUAAUCCUCUCUGUCGGCUAGG